CUCAUCUCUCCGGGCGAUCUAUUUCUAUUUCAUCAUCUUCAUUUCACUGGUUGCCAAAGUGAUUGGCUCUGAGCUAUCAGCUAUGGACCAGAAACUGAUAGAGAGGUUGGAGUCGGCGGUGUCGCGCCUGGAGGCGCUGUCGAUCGGGUUCCAUUCGCGUGGGGUAGACGCUGCCGCUCUCUCUGGCGCCGAUGUGGUGCUGGAUCCGUCGAUAAUUGCCUUUGGCGAUCUGAUGGACCAGUAUAUCGGUAGGUUUUCGACUGCUGCAGAGAAGAUUGGAGGACAAGUUCUGCAGGUCUCCAAGUUUGUGCAAGAAGCUUUUGCUGUUCAGAAAGAGCUUUUGAUUAAAGUCAAGGAAACUCAGAAGCCUGAUGUUGCUGGAUUGUCUGAAUUUCUGAAACCAUUGAAUGAAGUGAUCGUAAAAGCUAAUGCAAUGACAGAAGGACGAAGAUUUGAUUAUUUUAACCACUUGAAGGCUGCUGCUGACAGUCUCUCUGCUCUAGCAUGGAUUGCAUAUAUGGGGAAGGAUUGCGGUAUGAGUAUGCCCAUUGCACAUGUGGAAGAAAGUUGGCAAAUGGCUGAGUUUUAUUGCAACAAGGUACUUGUAGAAUAUAGAAAUAAAGAUCCAAAUCAUGUUGAGUGGGCCAAAGCUUUGAAAGAGUUAUAUCUACCUGGUCUGAGAGAUUAUGUCAAGAGUUUCUAUCCUUUAGGCCCUGUAUGGAGUUCAACAGGAAAAACAAUUGCUCCACCCAAAGCUCCUGCACCGAGUGCACCUGCUCCACCACCUCCACCGCCUGCAUCUCUCCUCAGUUCUGAAUCAUCUCAAGCUUCAUCCUCCAAGCCAAAGGAUGGAAUGUCAGCUGUUUUUCAACAAAUUAACACAGGGAAUGUCACUGCAGGUUUGAGAAAGGUUACAGAUGAUAUGAAAGCAAAGAAUCGUGCAGAUAGAACUGGAAUUGUUGGUGCUAGUGAAAAAGACACCCGUGUGAGAUCACAAGCAUUUUCUAAAGCAGGACCUCCAAAAUUAGAACUUCAAAUGGGUCGCAAGUGGGUUGUUGAGAACCAAAUUGGGCAGAAAGGUUUAGUCAUUGAUGAUUGUGAUUCAAGGCAGUCUGUAUACAUUUAUGGGUGCAAAGAUUCUGUUUUACAGAUUCAAGGCAAGGUUAACAAUAUAACAAUUGACAACUGCACAAAAAUGGGAGUUGUAUUCAAGGAUGUUGUGGCAGCUUUUGAGAUAGUAAACUCUAAUGGGGUUGAGGUGCAGUGUCAGGGUUCAGCUCCAACAAUUUUGGUGGACAACACUUCUGGCUGCCAGCUUUAUCUGAGCAAAGAUUCUUUAGAUGCAUCCAUAUCUACAGCCAAGUCAAGUGAGAUCAAUGUGCUGGUUCCUGGUGCUGAGCCCGAUAGCGAUUGGGUGGAGCAUUCGUUGCCACAACAAUAUAUUCAUGCGUUCAAGGACGGACGAUUUGAAACUACUCCAGCUUCCCACUCUGUAGGUUAAUUUGACUGGCGAUUCAGAGAUUGUAUAUCUUAGUCCAGUUCAACGGAUUGCUAUUUGUGUGGCUUCAUCUGGCUUUUUUCUUUGAUUCAUUUCAAUCACAUAGAGGUGUAAUAUUAUUCAUUCCUGGUCGGUUUUUCCAUUGGCUUAUUGAUCCAUUGGAAACAUCCCGGCGAUUUUUAUUUUCUUUUUGUGAGUUUUUGGGUGCGGAGUUGGCUUCUGCUUUAGUGUGUCUUUAACUCCGGAGUUGCAGUGUGCAUUGUGCAGCUGGUUUUGAGCUUUAAGAGGGUCGACGGAGUUAUUUUUGUAUUUUUCAUGUAUUCUAUACUCGGGUUUGCAUAUUUUGAGUAUGGUUGAAAUCCUUCUCAAGAUCGCUAGACGCUCGUCCAGAUGAAUUCCUUCUCAAGCAAGUUCCAUGAGGCUCUUUUUUCCGUCUCGCAGUGUUGCCAUUUGAGGCAUUUAAUUUUAAUGCCUUCUUUCUUGGAAGAGACGAAAGCUUCUCUGGGCUGGACUGAUAUAGAAUUGUACAACUUGUGGACUUCUUAA